AUGACGACAACUACCAUCUCACAACCGCAGAUACGACCGCAUAGCUCUCCCAGUGCACAACGGGGAGUCCUCGCUGACGUCAUGCCCCCUUCAGUUCCAGAGGAACAGGCAGCGUCCACCAUUCAGAGGGUAUAUCGUGGCUACCGAACUCGUCGCGAACUCGGAGGAUGUGGUGUGGCGGCCUCCACUCGGUGGCUUAAUGCCAUCAAGCCUCCUGUUCAAGACCAUGCCGACGAUUCCGCAAACCCAUACCUCGUAUCCGAUGUUGAAGCUGAGACCGAUCCCUCCGACAGCCUCAGUCCAGCACGCAAGAACUGGCAAAGAGCCGUCAGUGCUGCAUUGCAGGCCAGUGGCGAUGGGGGAUCUUCAGUUGACCAGGAGGGCCAUGUCCAUCCCGACGAUUACACGGACCUUCACACGCCCACAUGCCCCCCGAAGACGAUGGGUCUGGAAUACUUUCUCGAAAUGGUCGACUCGAAACACCGCCAUGGGAGCAAUCUACGGGCAUACCAUGCUGCUUGGAAGAACUCUCCCUCAAGUCAGAACUUCUUUUACUGGCUAGACCACGGCGAAGGCAAGGAUUUCGAACUACCACAAUGCACGCGGGAACAACUCGAGAAAGAUCAAGUUCGCUAUCUAUCCCCGGAGGAGCGAUUCAACUACCUCGUUAACGUCGAUGACGUGGGCUUGUUACGGUGGGCCAAAAACAACGAAUUGGUGAACACUGAUAACAAGCGCUACAAGGAUAGUGUCCAUGGGGUGAUUCGUGUCGAUGAAAAUAUCCCAAAACAUGGAGCACCCUCUGGCCAAGAUUCAGUCACCUCUCCUGCAUCGGCCCCGACUUCAUCAGGCCAACUAUCCUCGUCCAUAAUUCCGGGUAAUGAACGAAAGAAAGACCAAGUUCUGUCUACUCAAGAGGACCAUGAGUUUGAUAAAGCUGUCAACAACUUUUCGCGCAUCCGUCCGGUGGUCAUCUACGACCAUUUCGCUGGGAGUCUCUCCAUCAAGGACGGAAUGUGGAUCUUUGUCGCGGAUACGUCGUUCAGGAUCUACAUUGGCAUCAAAGCACCAGGUGCCUUUCAGCAUAGCUCGUUCCUGAGGGGAGGGAGGAUCUCUGCAGCGGGCCUGAUCAAAACAAAGAACGGACAAGUCCGAGGUCUGGCACCUUUGAGUGGUCACUAUCGCCCACACCUUGCCAACUUCCGUGCCUUUCACCACUCGCUCCAAGACCGGGGUGUCGAUUUGUCUCGAGUGUCGAUGACCAAGUCUUAUGCCAUCCUAGCCGGAAUUGAAGGGUACACUUCAGCCAAAAGGAAGAUCAAGAAUGUUCACGAGAAGUUGGAUGAGGCCAAACAAAAGCUCCAUUCCAUGCAUUUGCACACAUGUGAUCCAAAGCACGAUGAGGAAACUUGA